AUGCUGCGGCAGUACAUCAACAUGUCUUGUCAGGACGACGAGCCAGACGCAGGGGCCAGGCAGCUGCUCGGGGGCAAGCCUGGCCCGAAGCCGCCGCCGAAAUCCCGGGCGGGCGGGGGCACCUCGCCGCUGCACCUCGCGUCCUGCCGGGGGCACGUGGGCGUCGUGCACGAGCUCUUGAGCGCUGGUGCCGACGCUACCAGGGGGGACCAGUUCGGCUACUCCGCGCUUCACCUCGCAGCGAAGCACGGGUUCCCGGACGUGAUCUCGGAGAUGCUCUCCUUCAGCGCGGUGGACGUCAACCUCCUGGACGACAACAGCGAGACGGCGCUGCACACGGCCGCCCGCUACGGCAAGACCAAGUGCUUGUCCCGCCUGCUCGAUCACGGCGGCGACGUCGGGGUCCUGUCCAUGUCCGGUCGCCGAGCGAAGGACGUCGUGGGACAGGCGCAGGACAAGCACGGCCGGCAGUCGGUGCCGCACAACGCGACGCAGCUGGCGGCGGCGGCGGCGGUGGCGGGCCCUACCGGCGGCGGCGGCGGCGGAGCCUCAUGCCGGAGGUCCACGAGCUACAACAAAAGCAACCUGCCCCCCGCGCAGCUGCCGAGAGACAGGUGCGCGGAGGCGAGGAUCCGGCGCCUGCUGAGCCGCGCGGCGGCGGCGGGAAGCGGGAAUUCACGUACGCCGUCACCGCCCCUGGUGGGUACAUCAGAUCAAGGAUCUAUGGUGCAAGUUCCAGGGAGAAAUCUCGAAAGGAAUUGCCACCGAGAUGGGGUGCUCCCCGCCCCCGCGGAGGGCGCCGCCGAUGAUGCCGCCGGAGGCGGCGGUGGCGGCGGCGGUAAAGACCAUCUGGUCGGCAACCGCCAGGCCAGAAAGGGGGAGCCGGCGACAAGAGAACCACCACCGCCGCAACCCUUGUGUCCGGCGGCAAGAGGCGGAUCCGCUCCGCGGCGGCCGGCGGCCGCCGCGGCGGCUAGCUCGGAGAGAGGAGGGUGGGCAGCAGGAGAACGGGAUCAGUGCGGUGGGAAAUUGGGUUAUGUUGUUCCCGGAGCCGCCGCCGCCGCCGCCGCUGCUGCUCCCCCCCCUGUUGCCGACGAAGCCGGUGCCGGUGAGAGCGACAGCGAGGGCGCUUUAGCUGCUGCUGCUAGCAGUAGUAGUAGUAGUAGUAGCGGCGCGGACGCGGCUGCCGGCGCUGAUGCAGCCGCUGGCGGGGUCAACGGGCCGGCAGCGAACGGGGAUAAGAGUAGGGGGGGUACCGCGUGCUCGAAGAAAGGAGCCACCACCGCUGCCGCAGAUGUCACACAGGUGGAUAACGGCAAGGAAACGAGGUUUGCGAAUGGUGUGUGCAUGUGCCAGAAUAGAGCUUUUUCCGGAGGGGCAGUUGAGAGCAGCGAUCGCGUGGUGACAGGGGCGGACAGCAACGGCGUGGCGGCGGCGGCGGCGGCGGCGGCGGAGGAGGCGGAGGAGGCGGAGGAGGAGGCGUUACAGUCGCUGCCGCCUCUGCGCGGACUGAACGUACGGCGGCUCGUGAAGGGCAGGGGUGGGAGGAGCGACAAGAACGUGUGCAAGGCGAUCGAAAGGUACACCUACGUAACCCUAUCGAAACCUAAAAGCACGCCUCGAACAAGAUAG